AUGGCGCUGAAACGGAUCAACAAGGAGCUCAACGACCUCGGUCGUGACCCACCGUCAUCAUGCAGCGCCGGACCGACGGGGGACAACAUGUUCAACUGGCAAGCAACUAUCAUGGGUCCGAGCGACUCGCCGUACUCCGGAGGCGUUUUCUUCCUCAGCAUCACCUUCCCCACCGACUACCCGUUCAAGCCGCCCAAGGUCUCUUUCCAGACGAAGAUCUAUCACCCGAAUAUCAACACGAACGGCUCUAUCUGCCUCGACAUCCUCAGGGACCAAUGGAGCCCAGCGCUGACGAUCAGCAAAGUACUCCUCUCCAUUUGCUCUCUGCUCACCGACCCGAACCCAGACGACCCGCUUGUUCCGGAGAUUGCAAACCUCUAUAAGACGGAUAGACCGCGCUACGAGAACACGGCGAGGGAGUGGACGAGGAACGAAGCGCACAAGCGCAUAGCGCUGUAG